AUGAACGCGGAUACUAAGAAACUUAUAUCAAAUCAGUACGGAAGAGUGAACGUUCAACCGAUUGAAAGAUGCAGAGUUAAUUUCUGCACGGACUUAGAAAAGUCCGUUCUAAUGAGUAACUUUGAAAGACGUGGCUGGAAUCAAGUCGGACCAGACGACGAGUGGAACUUUUACUGGGCGUCGACGCAGACUUGCAGAAAUCUUUUCAGUGUUGAAAGCGGAUAUCGCAUGAACGAUAAUCAGAUUAUCAAUCACUUUCCUAACCAUUACGAGCUAUCGAGAAAGGAUUUGUUGGUGAAAAAUAUCAAGAGAUAUAGAAAAGAAUUAGAAAGAGAAGGUAGCCCAUUAGCCGAAAAAGCAGAAGUAACCCUACAUGGCGGGCAAGUGGUAAAUAGAUAUGUUCACCUCGAUUUUAUUCCGGUUACGUUUGUGCUCCCUGCUGACUACAAUAUGUUUGUCGAAGAAUACCGCAAGUCGCCGCAAAGUACUUGGAUUAUGAAGCCUUGUGGCAAGUCCCAGGGCACUGGAAUUUUCCUUAUAAACAAACUCUCAAAGUUAAAGAAAUGGUCUCGCGAGGCCAAAGCUCCAUUUCAUCCACAACUUAGCAAGGAAAGCUACGUGAUAUCGCGCUAUAUCGACAACCCGUUGCUCAUAGGCGGAAAGAAGUUUGAUUUGCGUUUAUAUGUUUUGGUAACAUCGUUCCGACCCCUGAAAGCGUAUAUGUUCCAAUUGGGUUUCUGUCGUUUUUGUACAGUAAAAUACGAUACGAGUGUGACGGAAUUGGAUAACAUGUAUGUGCAUUUGACGAAUGUGAGUGUACAAAAACAUGGAGGCGAUUAUAAUAAUAUACACGGCGGGAAAAUGAGCGUUGAGAACUUGCGUCUGUAUUUAGAGGGAACAAAGGGUAGAGCAGUUACGGAGAAAUUGUUCGCAGCUAUGCAGUGGCUUAUUGUUCAUUCUUUAAAAGCUGUUUCGUCUGUUAUGGCGAAUGAUAGACAUUGUUUUGAGUGUUAUGGAUAUGACAUAAUAAUAGAUAAUCAGUUAAAGCCUUGGUUGGUGGAAGUCAACGCGUCCCCUUCGUUGACAUCAACUACAGUUAAUGAUAGAAUAAUGAAAUACAAAUUAAUAGAUAACAUUAUCUCGGUGGUUUUGCCACCGGAUGGUAUACCUGAUGUUCGCUGGAAUAAAGUGCCGAGUCCAGAAGCUCUUGGGAACUUCGAUUUACUUAUUGAUGAAGAAUUGUUGGAAAAAGAAGAAGCGAGCAGUUCUGGGCGCAUAAUUAAAAGCCAUAAGAAUAGAAGUUGA